AUGGGUUGGGAUUAUUGGAAGGUCUACGUCGAUGAGGAGUCUUAUAAUGAGGGACAUGGUCAAGCUUAUGCCAAUUAUGGCAUUGAUCCAAGCCGUGGUGCCAACGUCAUUCUUCGUCCUGAUCAGUAUGUGAGCUGGGUGGGAGAGCUGGACGACCACGAGGAAAUGUCGCGAUUCCUUUCUGGCUUUAUGAAACAGCAGGUGGCCCGGAAGUCCGGGGCUAAUAAGACCUGGGCCUUCUAG